UUAAUGCAUGAAAAACACCCAACUUUAUUAUUAGAGCUAAGUCUAAAUUAAGUACUUCUUCACUUUCUUUUAUAAGACUAAUUAAUAGUAUUUUUAUUAUGGACACAAUAGAUCAAUCAGUUUCUAGAGGUAUGAGUGGUCGUGACACAAAUGAACUGACCUCUAGUUUGAAUCCCAAACCUCAAGCUGAGGAUAACACUUCAGGUUUCUGGGCUCUAUAUAAGGACCACUUCGAACCUGGUCUUUUUAGAAAGAUGUUGGCUGAGGUGGUAUCAACGUUCCUGCUGGUGUUCAUGACAUGUGCUGCGGCUGCCAUUAAUGGAAGCGAUGAACGGAGAAUAUCGCAACUGGGAGCAUCGGUUGCCGGUGGUCUUAUCGUGACGGUGAUGAUUUACUCUGUUGGUCACAUCUCCGGUGCACAUAUGAACCCUGCUGUUACUAUUGGUUUUGCAUCUUUUCUCCGCUUCCCAUGGAAACAGGUGCCAUUCUAUGCAUUAUCUCAAUUCACAGGAGCAAUUGCAGCAGCAUUUACACUACGUGCACUUCUGGACCCAAUAGAUCGAAUUGGGACGACAACACCUUCUGGGAGUGAUGUUAGGGCUUUGAUAAUGGAGAUUGUUGUCACUUUUAACAUGAUGUUUAUCACUUCUGCUGUUGCAACUGAUGCUAAAGCCGUGGGAGAGCUGGCUGGUUUGGCUGUUGGUUCAUCAGUUUGUAUAACAUCAAUUGUUGCUGGGCCAGUUUCAGGUGGAUCUAUGAACCCAGCAAGAACAUUAGGACCAGCAAUUGCAAGUAGAGAGUUCAAAGGGCUUUGGGUGUACUUUAUAGGUCCAGUUGCGGGAACAUUGCUUGGUUCAUAUGUUUAUAAGGUCAUUCAGUUGAGUGAGCGUAAGCCCAUCAUUUCUCCCACCUUUUCGCUCAGACUUCGUCGUAUGAUGAGCACUACUACUACUGACACUCCCCACCUUGACAACAAACGCCCAUCUACUUCUGUUUAAUUCAAAUAAAAAUACUAUUUAUUAGUAUGUUUGUUUGGUUUGGUUGUUUGUUAAUUUUAGUCACCAAAAAUAAAAUUAAUUAAUGACUCGGUUGGAUCGAUCGAUCAGUGAUUAAUUGUAUGCAUGUGUUUGAAAGUGAUCACAUAUAUUGUUGUAUAUUGUGAGUACUGUUUCUCUAGCUAUAGCUUAAUUAUAAGAAUCUAUUAAUGCUUUAAAUUAUGUGUGUAAGAUCUUGCGACUGAAAGGUGUAAUAUAUAUAUAUGCAUGGCUACAAAUGUGAAUAAAGACUUUCUAUCGAAAUUUCUU